GUUUGUGUGCAGAACAAUAACCUACAUGUUGCAUUGUCAGGAGAGGAAACGUCCGAUAUAGUAACCAACUGCUCAGUAGUUCACCGACCGAGCAUGGAGAAAAGCAGCGAUGAUAAGUGCAAGUUAGAAAAAGACUCAUUUUAUUUGUUGGGACACUGCUGGUCUACUUAUGGCAAAUUGGGACAGAAACAAGAGAUUUCUGCUUGAAAUGGUGAAACAGCCAAGCAACAAUGUAUGUGCUGAUUGUGGAGCCUCUGAGCCAGACUGGGCCUCCUAUACUCUGGGGAUCUUCUUAUGUGUGAACUGCUCUGGAACUCACCGGAACCUGCCUGACAUCAGCAAGAUCAAGUCCAUCCUUCUGGAUUUCUGGGACGAUGCACUGGUGGAAUUUAUGCGGGAAAAUGGAAAUGCCACAGCCAAAGCCCGAUAUGAGAAGUGUGUUCCUGCCUUCUACUAUCGACCACGAGAGAAGGACUGCUGUAUUCUUAAGGAACAGUGGAUACGUGCAAAGUACGAGAGACUAGAAUUCUCGGAAGAGGGUAACUACUACCAGCAAGCCUAUAGUUCAGGCAUUUAUGAAGGAACUCUGUGGAAGAAGAGCAAUGACAACAAGCAGUUUGUGAGAAGGAGAUUCCUGCUUUCCCAGAAGGACCUCAGUCUCCGGUACUUCGUUAACGAGGACUCCAAGACACCCAAGGAGGUGAUCUCUAUGAAGGACCUGAACGCCAUCUUCCAGCCAGAGAAGAUAGGUCAUGCCCACGGUCUCCAGAUCUCCUACCAACAGGAGGGGCGGGGCAGAAACAUCUUUGUUUACCACGACAACGGUCAGGAAAUCGUUUUCUGGUUCAAUGCAAUUCGGGCCACCAGGCUAUCCUACCUCAAGAGGCUCAACCCUAGUGCCCUGGAAGAAGAGCUAAUACCGCUAAUAACCAGAACAAGCCUAAAGGAAGGCUACAUGGAGAAAACUGGCCCAACGCAAUGGGAACCGUUCAAGAGGAGGUGGUUCAUACUGAAUGCCACGGACAGAAAGCUGCUGUAUUUCAAAACCUCACUGGAUGCAGUGGAGCUGGGUGCUGUUUUCAUUGGUACAGAGAGUCAUGGCUACUCUGUGAAGGAGUGUCAGCCCAAACACACCCGUGGCUGCAAGUGGCGCUGUGGGGUCUCCAUGGAGACACCGGACAGGCAGUUUGUCUUCAUGUGUGAGCAAGAGCAGGACCAGAAGGAGUGGCUAGAGGCCUUCAGAGAAGUCAUCUCACAACCAUGACUCCACAACACUACACCACUGAGGCCAGCCUUAGAAGGAGAACAUGAGUGCAAGAACUAUGGAGGAGGAGACCAUUCUCAUGAGGAGAAUCAUGUUUUACAUCAGCAUGUCUAAUGAACAUUUCAAGUGGCUGUUAAUUGUACCUUUUUAUUAUACUUCCAUGCAGGUAUUUCACUGUAUACAGUAUUUUAUUUUAGGUUAAAUGCUGAUAACUUUGCAUUAUUCAUGUAGAAAGUCAAGUGCAGGUAUAUAAGAAAUAUACCUUUUGAGUGUCACGUCAAAAUAAUGGGAGAACAUAAAUAAAUCAUUUGGUAUCGUUUUCAUGUUAGCCCUCUUUCACAUGCUAUUGAGAAUAAUUAAAAAAUGAUUCAAAUAAAACGAUUGUCUUUGGUC